AUGGUGUCAGACGAUGAAGAAAUAGGAGACGAAAGAGCAGAUCCAAACUGUCCAAUAAUCCGAGUUUCUAAGGAAGAGAAAGAGAGGCUACGCCGGCCAUGGCGACGGACUCUCAUCAUCAAGCUAUUGGGAAGAAAGGUGGGUUAUUCGUUCUUGAUGAACAGAUUACAGAGGAUGUGGAAGCCAGAAGCAAGCUUCGACCUAAUCACACUCGACCAAGACUUCUUCCUCGCUAAAUUCGAAUCCCUACGGGAUUACGAAUUCACAAAAUACGAUGGACCUUGGAUCAUCCUAGGGCACUAUCUAACGGUACAAGAAUGGGUUCCUAACUUCAUACCAUGGAAGAACAAGUUGAUUAAGCUCUUAGUCUGGAUGAGAUUUCCCUCUUUGCCGAUUGAGUAUUUCGAAGAAGAUUUCAUGAUGAAAAUCGGCAAAGAAGUUGACCGCCCAGUUAAAGUCGAUUACACGACUAGCUUGGUCUCAAAGGGGAAGUUUGCUAGGAUCUGUGUUGAAUUGGAUAUGUCUAAACCCUUACUGUCGAAAUUUACACUAGCUGAAGAGGUACGGCCGAUCGAAUAUGAGGGCAUCCAUAUGGUUUGCUUCAAAUGCGGAAUCUAUGGGCAUAAGUUAGGGCAAUGUGGCAACGAAGAGAACAGGGAGGCGAACGUUGUAGAGGAGCAACCUCCCAGUGACGGUCAGUCUGGUGAUCAACAAGCAACGAAAACACAGCCGGCGACGCAACGAACCACCACUCCAGCCCGCAAUUACAAGGAAAACUUCGGGGCUUGGAUGUUGGUGACGAGGAAGGAUAGAAAAGGGCAGAGGAGGCCGGAUAACCAAUCCCAGGGGCAGCCAGACAGAGGAAGGAAUCAAAACCCAGCGAGGAAAACCAACUCAACGGCAAUGGAAACCGGCUCCCAGUAUGCCGCCUUGGAACACCUAACCGACACCGAAAUGGUCCCCUCACAUGACGGCAAUAUGCCAACACCAACAGCCAGGAACUUAAUUACCAGCCAUUCGCACCACCCCACAUACUCAAACACAGGAGAUCCAUGGGUCAAUUCCUCAACAAGCCCCGGGGAGUCAAGCCCAACACAACGGCCAUGGUGCAUAUAG